GGGCAGCACAGGCCAGGCAGCGCUGAAGGGCUGUCUGGGGAAUUCUGGCCCCAGCUCCGCCCCUUUCACCCAAGGCCCCGCCCCUUCAGGGGGCCCAGAGCCACCCCUCCAACCUUGCCCAGGACCCUGGUCGCCCUGCACUGGGCCAUAUAGAAAUAAGACCAAUAGAGGCAUUGCAAGCUACCUUGUCAACUGUAUCAACCCUACUCUGGAGAUACUUCUUGCAGAAGUGAAAGGAUUCUGUGUCCAUUCAGUAUCUGAAAAAUGUCAGCUGGUGCCAAUCAUGAUGGAGAUUUGUUUGUUUCUGAGAUGUGGACAGCUGUCAGGAACGGACAUUCCUACUGACACCUAGUUGGACAGCUGUAGACAGUGCAUUGCUGAGGAAGCAAGCUCUUGGCUGUGAUAUUCCAUUGCAGUCAUGGCGCCUAAAAAGAAGAAUGUAAAAAAAAACAAAGGCGAUAUCAAUGAGAUGACUAUAAUUGUGGAGGAUGGCCCCCUAAGUAAACUAAAUGGUUUGAAUGGGUUCUUAGAUGGAGGAAAUGGUUUCAGCUGCAUCUCAGCUGAGGUUUCUGAUUCUUCUUAUAGCCCAAAUCUCUUGGAAGGGCUAAGCAGAAUGAGGCAGGAAAAUUUUCUUUGUGACUUGAUUAUUGGUACCAAAACCAAAUCCUUCAAUGUUCACAAGGUGGUGAUGGCUUCAUGCAGUGACUACUUUCAUAACAUUUUAAAGAAAGAUCCAUCUACUCAAAGAGUAGAUCUCAAUGACGUAUCCCCAUUGGGCCUAGCCACUGUUAUCACCUAUGCUUACAAUGGAAAGCUAACUCUUUCACUCUACACAAUAGGUAGUAUAAUUUCCACAGCAGUCUAUCUUCAGAUUCACACCCUUGUAAAGAUGUGCUCUGAUUUUUUGAUGCAAGAAAUCAAUGUUGAGAACUGUAUGUAUAUUGCCAAUAUUGCAGAGACAUAUGGACUGAAAAACACCAAGGAAGCAGCCCAGAAAUUUAUUAGAGACAACUUCAUUGAGUUUUCAGAAACAGAUCAGUUCUUAAAACUUACUUUUGAUCAGAUCAAUGAACUCCUUGCAGAUGACGACUUGCAGUUGCCUUCUGAAAUUGCUGCAUUCCAGAUAGCAAUAAAAUGGCUGGAAUUUGACCAAAAAAGAGCAAAGUAUGCUGCAGAUCUCUUGGGCAACAUUCGUUUUGGUACCAUCUCUGCUCAAGACUUGGUCAAUUAUGUUCAAACUGUACCAAGAAUGAUGCAAGACACAGACUGCCACCGACUUCUAGUGGAUGCCAUGAACUACCACUUGCUUCCAUAUAAUCAGAAUACACUGCAGUCUAGAAGAACAAGGAUUCGUGGAGGUUUCAGAGUCCUAGUUACUGUUGGGGGACGCCCAGCAUUAACAGAAAAGUCCCUUAGCAGAGACAUCUUAUACAGAGAUCCUGAUAAUGGAUGGAAGAAGCUAACUGAAAUGCCUGCUAAAAGUUUUAAUCAGUGUGUGACUGUGAUGGAUGGAUUUCUCUAUGUGGCUGGUGGUGAAGACCAGAAUGAUGCCAGGAACCAGGCCAAGCAUGCUGUCAGCAAUUUCUGCAGAUAUGAUCCUCGUUUCAACACAUGGAUUCACCUGGCCAACAUGAAUCAGAAGCGCACCCAUUUUAGCCUGAAUGUAUUCAAUGGCCUCCUUUUUGCAGUGGGUGGUCGCAACUCUGAAGGGUGUCUAUCCUCAGUUGAAUGCUAUGUGCCUGCAGUUAACCAGUGGCAAAUGAAGGCUCCACUGGAGGUAGCAAGGUGCUGCCAUGCCAGUGCAGUCAUAGACGGUAGAAUCCUGGUCACAGGAGGUUACAUAAACAAUGCUUACUCCCGCUCUGUGUGCAUGUAUGACCCCAGCAAUGAUAGCUGGCAGGAUAAGUCCACCCUUAGCACUCCAAGAGGAUGGCACUGUGCUGUUUCCCUUGGGGAGAGGGUCUAUAUCAUGGGUGGGUCCCAACUGGGAGGUCGGGGUGAAAGGAUUGAUGUCCUCCCUGUUGAGUGCUACAAUCCUUAUGCUGGCCAGUGGAACUAUGCUGCUCCCCUGCCAACUGGAGUGAGCACUGCAGGGGCUUCCACUCUUAAUGGGAAAAUUUACUUGGUGGGUGGCUGGAAUGAAAUAGAAAAGAAAUAUAAGAAGUGCAUUCAGUGCUAUAAUCCAGAUCUUAAUGAAUGGACUGAGGAAGACGAGUUGCCUGAAGCCACAGUAGGAGUAUCUUGUUGUACCAUUGCCAUGCCCAAUAACAAAACAAGGGAAUCCAGGGCUAGCUCAGUAUCUUCGGUGCCAGUUAGUAUUUAAACAUUAUAAUUAGGUGUCAGCAAGAAUAAAUAAAAAACUUCUAUUUACACAGCUGUGUAGUUAACCCUUUAAGUAGCCUUCUCUGCUUAUGUGGGGCGGGAAAUUGCCAUUGUAAAAAUUUUAAUUUUACAGAACUGGCCAAUUUUCAUGAUCUUUAAAAUACAUGGUGUCAAACAACAUCUUUAAGAUACAGGGAGUUUACUUAGUGGGGAUAUAAUGUUGUGCCACAGUUAGAACAGGGACUCAGUCCCAUCCCUAACUUUGCCACUGACUUGCUGUGUUACUUUUGGCAAAUCACUUAACUUCUCUCUUCAGUUUCCUCAUCUGUAAAAUGGGGAUAAUAAUCAAUUAAUGUUCUUAAAGUGCUUUGAGACUUUGGGAUAAGAGGCACUAGGGAACAGCCAAGGAUUAUUAUUAAUAAAUCUCCACAUAUUAGUAAUAUGCUAUGGCAUCAUAAAGUUGGUCAGUUUUGUUCUCUUUAGAGAUUUUAUAUAUGGUGAAAGAUAUUUAAUGACAAUUUAUUGCACAUAUAAAGUAUGAAAUAUAUAUUUUUCCCCUCUGGGUAGUGAUGUCCACAAACAA